AUGAGGAAAUCGAAUGCUUUGGAGUUCGAUAUAGAGGCCGGAUAUGAGGAGUCGUUUCAGAGACCGUCGAACGCGGAGGCGGUUCAGCAAGACGAGGAAGAUCUUGUAUGGGAAGCGCUUGCUCGGUUACCGUCGGUGAAACAAGGUCGUUUCGCGAUUUUGAGGAGGACUCCAUCGGAGAUUGAACAAUAUGAUGUCGGAGGAGAAACAAGUGCUAGUACGGAGACUAUUGAUGUGACGAAGCUUGAUCGAGCUAGAAGAGAACUGGUUGUGAAGAAAGCUUUGGCUACAAAUGAUCAAGAUAAUUAUAAGCUUCUCUCCGCCAUUAAAGAUCGCCUUGAUAGAGUUGGAUUGGAGGUGCCAAAGGUUGAAGUAAGGUUCCAGAACAUAAACAUUGAAGCCAAAGUUCAAAUUGGCUCAAGGGCUUUACCUACUUUAAUCAACGUUGCUCGUGACUUCUUCGAGAAUAUCUUAAUAGGUUUGAAGUUUUCACGUCCAAAUAAAACCAGUUUACAUAUCUUGAAAGAAAUCAGCGGCGUUGUUAGACCAGGAAGGAUGACGUUGCUUUUAGGACCUCCAGGAUCGGGAAAAUCCACCUUGCUUUUAGCGCUUGCUGGGAAACUUGACGAUAAAGCAUUGAAGAUAAGUGGUGAUAUUACGUACAACGGCACAAAACUUGAUGAGUUUUAUGUUAGGACUUCAGCAUAUAUUAGCCAAACAGAUAAUCACAUACCAGAGCUUACUGUUCGAGAAACAUUAGAUUUUGCAGCCAGGUGUCAAGGUGCAUGUGAGGGCAUGGCAGGGUAUAUGAAAGAUUUAACCAAACUAGAAAAGGAAAAGAACAUACGUCCAGCCCCAGAGAUUGAUGCUUUCAUGAAGGCAUCAUCUGUUAGGGGUAAAAAACAUAACAUUGCAACAGAUUAUGUCUUAAAAGUGCUUGGUCUUGACGUAUGUUCGGACACUGUAGUCGGAAAUGAUAUGCUCAGGGGUGUCUCCGGUGGCCAAAGGAAAAGAGUUACUACAGGAGAGAUGAUUGUUGGGCCAAGAAAAACUCUUUUUAUGGAUGAAAUAUCCACUGGACUUGAUAGCUCUACAACGUUUCAAAUAGUAAAAUGUGUCCGAAAUUUUGUUCAUCUAAUGGAAGCAACUGUACUCAUGAGUUUGCUACAGCCUGCACCGGAGACGUUUGACCUAUUUGAUGACCUAAUUCUGUUAUCUGAAGGAUAUAUGGUGUAUCAGGGACCUCGAGAAGAUGUUUUGGAAUUUUUCGAGUCAUUAGGAUUCAAAAUACCAUCGCGUAAGGGUGUUGCGGAUUUUCUCCAAGAGGUGACCUCUAAGAAAGAUCAAGCUCAAUACUGGGCUGAUCCCUCGAAGCCAUAUGUAUUCAUUACUGUUUCAGAAAUGGCCACUGCAUUUAAAAAUUCCAGAUUUGGGAAGUCUAUGGAAACGACACUUGGCGUUCCAUAUGAUAAAUCCCGGAGCCAUCCUUCAUCACUGUCGAAAACAAAAAAUGCUGCAUCAAGAUGGGAACUUCUAAAUUCCUGCUUUGCACGAGAAAUACUUCUAAUCACCAGGCAUAGUUUCCUUUACGUUUUCAGGACACUCCAGGUUGCAUUUGUUGCAUUCAUCACGGGCACAAUCUUUUUACGAACAAGAAUACAUCCGAGAGACGAGAUUAAUGGCAACCUCUACAUCUCUGCCCUUUUCUUUGGAGUGGUGCAUAUGAUGUUUAAUGGUUUUACUGAGCUGCCCCUUAUGAUAUAUCGACUCCCGGUAUUUUACAAGCAUCGAGAUAAUCUGUUUCACCCUCCGUGGAUAUGGUCAGUUGUCAGUUUUAUUCUACGUGUACCUUACUCUGUCGUUGAAGCUAUAGUAUGGUCUUGUGUUGUAUAUUACACAAUUGGUUUUGCCCCUUCCCCUGGGAGAUUUUUUCGUUUCAUGUUUGUAAAAUUUGUAGUACACCAAAUGGCAAUUGGUCUAUUCCGAAUGCUGGCUGCUAUUGCUCGAGAUAUAGUCAUUGCAAAUACCUUUGGGUCAGCUGCAAUUUUAAUUGUACUUUUAUUGGGUGGAUUUCUUGUACCUAAAGACGAAAUUAAGCCAUGGUGGUCUUGGGCUUCUUGGCUGUCACCAUUGCAGUAUGCACAAAGAGCAGUUUCGGUUAAUGAAUUCACAGCCACAAGGUGGAAAAAGUUAUCUAUUACCGGAAAUGGCACAGUUGGAGACAAUGUCCUUCAUGCACAUGGUCUACCCACUGACGAAUAUUGGUAUUGGCUUGGAGUUGGCGUGUUAGUAUUUUAUGCGGUGCUAUUCAACGUCGUUGUCACAUUGGCUCUGAUCUAUCUGAAUCCUUUAAAUAAAGCCCCGACGGUUGUACCUGAUGAGACAGAACAAGGUUCGGCCACAAACAAUGUUGGAAACGAAAAGGCGAUAUCGGAAGCUCCAUCUGCUGAAAGCAGCUGCAAGAAGGGAAUGAUUCUUCCAUUUCAACCAUUAGCAAUGACUUUUCAAAAUGUUAAUUACUUUGUUGAUAUGCCUAAGGUAUUGAAAGCACAAGGAAUACCUGAAACGAGAUUGCAGCUCCUCUCAAAUGUUAGCGGAGUAUUUAGUCCAGGAGUUCUUACGGCCUUAGUCGGGUCGAGUGGAGCGGGAAAGACUACAUUGUUGGACGUGCUUUCUGGAAGGAAAACUGGUGGAUACAUUGAAGGGGAUAUUAAGAUAUCAGGGUACCAAAAGGAACAGAAAACAUUUGCUAGAAUUUCAGGAUAUGUUGAGCAAAAUGAUAUACAUUCUCCCCAAGUGACGGUCGAGGAGUCUCUCUGGUUUUCCUCCAGUCUUCGGCUUCCGAAAGAAAUGAGCAAAGCUCAAAGAUCUGAGUUUGUUGAAGAAGUGAUGCGUUUGGUAGAGCUUGAUAGACUGAGGAAUGCUAUAGUUGGUUUACCAGGUAGCAGUGGGUUAUCGACGGAACAAAGAAAACGUUUAACCAUUGCGGUGGAGCUCGUCGCAAAUCCUUCCAUUAUUUUCAUGGAUGAGCCUACAUCUGGACUUGAUGCACGGGCGGCAGCGAUUGUGAUGAGAACUAUUCGUAAUACAGUCGAUACCGGAAGAACUGUGGUGUGCACCAUUCAUCAACCCAGUAUUGACAUCUUUGAAGCAUUUGAUGAGCUGCUGCUUUUGAAACGAGGAGGUCGGAUUAUAUACGGUGGAAAACUCGGAGUGAACUCAGAGAUUCUGAAAGACUAUUUCCAGGGCAUUGAUGGAGUCCCUUCGAAUCCGGACGGAUACAACCCGGCGACGUGGAUGCUCGAGGUUACUAACCCUGCAGUAGAGCAGCGACUUGGAUUAGACUUUGCUGAUCUAUACAAAAAUUCUGCACAAUAUAGGGAAGUGGAAGAUUACAUUACACGUUUGAGUGUUCCACCUCCAGGGUCCAAACCAUUAAAGUUUCCUUCCACAUAUUCGCAAGGCCAACUGUCUCAGUUUCUUAUCUGCUUGAAGAAGCAAAAUAUUGUGUAUUGGAGAAGCCCACGUUACAACUUGGUGAGACUAGUUUUUACGACAGUUUGCGCACUAAUAUUCGGAUCUGUUUUCUGGGAUGUCGGAAACAAAAGGGAUACAAUUAAAGGUGUGUUUAUGAUAAUGGGUGCCCUUUAUUCGGCAUGCUUAUUUCUUGGGGUCAAUAACUCUUCCUCAGUACAACCAAUUGUAUCCAUUGAAAGAACAGUAUUCUAUAGAGAGAGAGCAGCAAGAAUGUAUGCUCCCAUGUCUUAUGCAGCGGCACAGGGUCUUGUUGAGCUUCCAUACAUUGUUGCUCAGACAAUUUUGUUUGGGAUCGUCACAUAUUUCAUGAUUAAUUUUGAAAGGACAGCUAGAAAAUUUUUCCUGUAUCUUGUCUUCAUGUUCCUUACCUUCACCUAUUUCACCUUUUAUGGUUUGAUGGCUGUGGGUCUUACACCUUCUCAGCAAACAGCAGCCGUCGUCUCUUCUGCCUUCUACUCUUUAUGGAAUCUCCUCUCCGGUUUUCUCAUCCCACAGCCGAGGAUACCAGGAUGGUGGAUGUGGUUCUACUACAUUUGCCCUAUUGCAUGGACUCUAAAGGGGAUUAUAAGCUCACAGCUGGGUGAUGUAGAGACCAUGAUUGUUGAACCAACAUUUAAAGGAACCGUGAAGGAGUACAUAUUGACAGUAUUCGGCAUUCAUACCGGGAUGAUCGGACCUUCGUUGGUUGUACUGAUAGGCUUUUGCUUCUUGUUUUUCGGUGUCUUCACUUUGUCAGUAAAACAUCUCAACUUCCAGAGAAGAUAAAAAAAGCCAUGAAUCCAA